AGCCUUCCGAGCGUCUACUUAAUGCCGGUCCCCGGGCCGUCGGCGCUCACAGAAGCGCCGUCGGGCGAGGGGGGGGCCGACGAGGGGCACCAGCAGAGCCCUCGAGCUGGGGACGCAGAGCCGCGGGAGGUGGGAGGAACUUCUUCCAGAACCUUCCUCGGGCCGGGCUGCUCUCUGAGCCAGGCCCCACAUUCGUGUUCGGAGGAGGCGACCCCCCGGGUCGCGGAAUGGAAGCCAGUGUUCCGGAGGCCGUGUAACUGGAGCCUCGGGUACCAGCGGGCCGGAGAACGCGGCGGGCCACCCGGCUCAGCCCGUGGAUGUUGACCGCCCCCUCGGAGAGACCCCGCAGACAUGGCGGAGAGCUGGCUGCGCCUGUGCGGAGCAGGACCCCGGGAGGAGGCCGGGCCGGAGGGCGGCAUGGAGGAGCCGGACGCCCUGGAUGACAGCCUGACCAGCCUGCAGUGGCUGCAGGAAUUCUCCAUUCUCAACGCCAAGGCCCCCUCUCUGCCCCCGGGGGGCACCGACCCCCACGGUUACCACCAAGUGCCGGGCUCGGUGGCGCCCGGGUCACCCCUGGCGGCAGACCCUGCCUGCCUGGUGCAGCCGCACACACCCGGCAAGCCCACAUCGUCCUGCACGUCUCGAAGCGCUCCCCCGGGGCUGCAGGCCCCGCCCCCCGACGACGUGGACUAUGCCACCAACCCGCAUGUGAAGCCACCUUACUCGUAUGCCACUCUGAUCUGCAUGGCGAUGCAGGCCAGCAAGGCCACCAAGAUCACUCUGUCGGCCAUCUACAAGUGGAUCACAGACAACUUCUGUUACUUUCGCCAUGCGGAUCCCACCUGGCAGAAUUCCAUCCGCCACAACCUGUCCCUGAACAAGUGCUUCAUCAAGGUGCCUCGAGAGAAGGACGAGCCCGGCAAGGGGGGCUUCUGGCGCAUUGACCCCCAGUACGCAGAGCGCCUGCUCAGCGGGGCCUUCAAGAAGCGGAGGCUGCCCCCAGUCCACAUCCACCCCGCCUUCGCCCGCCAGGCCUCGCAGGAACGCAACACCGCCCCCUGGGGUGGGCCUCUGACCGUGAACACCGAGGCCCAGCAGCUGUUGCGGGAGUUUGAGGAGGCCACAGGGGAGGGGGGCUGGGGCGCAGGAGAGGGCAGGCUGGGGCAUAAGCGAAAGCAGCCGCUGCCCAAGAGGGUGGCCAAAGUCCUGAGGCCUCCUAGCACGUUGCUGCUGACCCAGGAGGAGCAGGGCGAGCUGGAACCCCUCAAGGGCAACUUUGACUGGGAGGCCAUCUUUGAGGCUGGCACUCUGGGCGACGAGCUGAGCUCACUGGAGGCCUUGGAGCUGAGCCCCCCGCUGAGCCCCACGUCCCAUGGAGACGUGGACCUUACUGUCCACGGCCGCCACAUCGACUGCCCUGCCACCUGGGGGCCUCCGGCGGAGCAGGCUGCCGACAGCCUGGACUUCGAUGAGACCUUUCUGGCCACGUCCUUCCUCCAGCAUCCCUGGGAUGAGAGCGGCAGUGCCUGCCUGCCCCCAGAGCCCCUCUUUGAAGCGGGGGAUGCCACCCUGGCCGCUGACCUGCAGGACUGGACCAGUGUGGGUGCCUUCUUGUAAGAGGACAGGCCCCACCCCAUCUCCGGACAGUGCCUCCAAGUCAGGGCCCAGAACUGUCUCCCGCCACAGGCCCGCGGACAUCUCAGCACCCAGGCAGGGACUGGGCCGGGUCUCCGGAGGCUGGCUCCGUGAGGCCGCGCUGCUGCCAGCUGGGCAUGUCCUCAUACCCAAGCCCAGAAGACUGGGAACUGGGGGCCCAGGACCAAAAUGGCUGCCUCCCCCUCACCAGCAACCCCCAUAUACACACAGUGUUUAAUUGACCCAUGUUUCCCCAAGAACUGGCAAAGCCACACCCCUGGCCCCUCUACACUGUGUCACAGAAGCCUGGAGGGGCCCUGCCAGGCCAGGGAGGGACUCAACAGGGGCCUUUCUCAAAGCUCUGCUUCUCCUCACCCACUCCCUGCCGCUUCCCCGGGUGGGUCUCCACCCAGAGAAAGUUCCCAGGUACAACAAAUGCUAAUUAGAUGACAGCAAAUUAGCCCCCUGGAGGCCCCUCCCAGCAGAGCUUCCCCAGGGGCCCUGGCAGCCUCGGCUAGGGAGAGGGAGAGUGGAGGCAGGGCACUGGGGUGAGGGACCCAACAGAGAGGAGGCAGAAAUAGGGAGGGGCAGCAAGGUCGGGCAAGGUGGUCUGUGUGGCCUCUGGGCCUGUUCCCCGGCCCAUCACCGGCAGAGAGGACGCUGCAAACCUUUGAGGCUGAGAGCAACAGGAAGUUGGGGUUUGGGGUGGUUUGGGGCAGGGGCAGCCAAGUUGCUGGGUGGGUGGGGGGAAAGACUAAUAUAGUGAGAGUAGUUAUAGGAAGACUUAACUGGGAGGGAUGCCCAGCUUGCUGGGGACACUGGGGCCAGGAAGGGGACAGCCCUAUGCCCCUGUCUGCACUGGGUGUGGGGGGGACCAGGUCUUGCUCCACCCUGACCUCCGGGACUGGGAUACUUAUCUACCCUCCACGUGGGGGCAAUUUAACCUUUUUCGUGUAAAGUUCUUUACAAUAAACUUUUUUCAAAAUAAAAUUUUUAAAAAUCUCAA